AUGCUGCACAUUUCGAGCUCGCAUUCGCAUCAGGCGAUGACCAAGAAUCACCACCACAUCGUUGAAAAGCCAUGCAUACGCCCUAAGCCUCCUCCUCUCGAGCACUUCCCAUCGCUCGAGUCCUCAAAUUCCGGGCCUCCCCUCGUUGCUCCCAUGAGCUUCGGUCACCUUCUUUCCGCCGCCUUGGUCGAAGCGCCUUACGCUCCCUCUCGCGUCCAUCGCUUCACGGAAGAUACGACGCAAGAGUACGGCUCGUAUGCGACAUUCGGCGGAAAUUGCGACGGAGCAAGCGACGCUUUCGCAUGUUCCGCUCAACCGAAUUCUCCGCGACCAAUGAUCGACAUUAACCACCCGCCUUCUUCGCUCUUUGAGUCCGCGUCACAGGAAUCGUCCCAAGCCCCUGCGACUCCCGCAGCGAGCGACGGCUCGAGACCCGUCGUCUGCCACGGCGUCAACUUGUUCUUCUCUCGCGACGACGUCGCAGACGAGUCGCACGGCGGUCUCGCGACUGCGACAGCCGCUCGCACACACCCUGCUCGUGUCCCUUCGUUCGCAACCCGUCAGCAACCUAUUUCCCUUCGACGCGUUGCUGCGAAUAAAUCGCCGGAAAGCCCGCCUGUCAGCGACGUCGCGAAUCGCUGGCAGUCGCUUGAGCGAAUGGCUACAUGCUACGAACCUACUAACACCGUUUCUGGUCCUCAAUCUCCGGCUCCUAGGCCCGCCCUCCCCCGAAGCUUUCGUCAUAAAGCCACGAGCCGGAUGUCAGGUCCCGAUAUGAAGGAGUCGGUCGUCCAGACAGCACCUGAUUCCCGCGCAAUUUAUACCCAGCAGCAGCAGAAUUGUCAUCAGCAGGAUUAUCGCCAGCAGCAGAUGCAGCAGCUUUGUCAGCAGAAGCAGGGCCAGCAAACGGUCUGUCAGUCUGUGGAGGUGCAUGGAGGAGGCGACGAAUCGCCCAACCGUUGGGACUACAGCGAAGGAGACGACGCUGUUGCGGUGCAGAACGAUGGAAUCGUGAAGACCUGCGCGCACUGUGGCACGUCAAAAACGCCUCUCUGGAGAAGCGGCCCUCCCGGACCCAAGUCGCUGUGCAAUGCGUGUGGCAUUCGGUUCAACAAAAUCCGCAGCGGCAAGCGCAAGGCGUCCCCCCAGGAAGCGGCGAUGCUUCGGGAAUACGAGACCGUCAAUCCUGCGUUCGCCAAGCCGCUGCCCCAGUCGCCCGUGCAGAAAGCACGUACCAAGCUGCCUCGUGCUCCUGCUGGUCCAUUUGGUGACAAUUUUGCGUCAUGCGUUGGAGGCAUCCCAACUGGUGCCGCCAGCAGCAACAGCGACUGUGACAGUGAGGAUGGAAGCCCACGCUCUCCUCUUCCCAUGCUUCCAAAACAUUUCUGCCACGGCCUUCCUGCCCCGGCCGGAGCCUCCCCUGCGCGGGCUUCCCUGUCCGUCGCCUCGUCCCAUGUGACUACAUCGUUUGCCGCUACAGUGGCUGUUGCGCUUCCCUCUGCACCUGCUGUUGCAGCCCCAGCGUUCCUCGAGAGUUAUCGCCCAUUCAAGAAGCUCCGCAAAGCCUCUUCUCCCACCAUGCCCUCGAGUGCGCAAGAGGAAUGCACCAGGGAAUCUGAUAGCACCGGCGUGAGUUGCUUGAGCCUCCAGGGAGCAGCCUCUCCCUCCUGUAAAGGAGCCACAGCAGUGGGUGAGGGCAGGUGCUUUGUUCCUGCCCUUAUGGAUCUGAAUGAAGCCAGUCCCGAGACAGGGUCCGAGGAAGGUGAAGCGUGUGAAGAUUUGAGAAGGAAGCAGAUGACAGACACAUGGUUGCUUCUUGAUAGAGGGCAACAGGCAGGGAACGGGGAUGAAGAUGAUGUGGUGCUGGGAGCUGAGCUGCUUGUGUCGCUUUUUGGCAGCAGUCCAGUGUAA